AUGGACCGGCGCAACGAGCGCGACGAGUCGAGUGGGGAGGAGUCGGAAGUUGAUGAUCUUCGACAGCUGGAACUGGACCGAAAUCACAACGACCAGAAGCUCAAGUCCCGGUUUGAGCACAUCUUCCGCAAGUACGAGCACGACUUUGAGGGAAUUGGGGACGAGAUCGAGAUUGAUUCCGGCGACAUCGUGGUCGACAAUGGACACCUGCAGCACAUGCGCCAUGAGGCUGAUCCAGGAAAGAGCGCUUCAUCGAGAUUCGUGAAGACGUUUCAAGAGAAGCUGGGCUAUGAGGAUGAAAAUUCGUCAGAGGAAGAUGAGGAAGACGAGGAUGAUGAUGGCACUGAGGAUGAUGAAGAUGAAGAGUCAGUCAGUGAUGAGAGAUCGGAAACACCGGCGUACAGACAUUCGCCUGCACAUGCGGCCUCUCAUCAAAGACAGCGACGCCUCUCUCCCCGCAAAGCAAUGAGGGCGUUUGGAGAUCUUGCGCGACCUGCUCCACGUUUGGCACAUCUACUAGUCGGAGAAGGUACACCUCAGCCUGCCAUGGCAACGGCUGCAAGCCUGGAGAACCAAGAUGACUCCUCGAUCGAGAGCAUAUCUGGUACCUCAACACCGACGAAUGUGCUUAGCAAAGUGCCUGGGCUACAAGAAUCGAUCCAUGCUCUACAGCCACGUGCUAAGCGCUCAGAUGUAGGGCCUGAGGCUAUUGAAGCUCUUGGCGUGAGCAUCGCAAAUCAGCUGGCACAAUUGAUGGCUGGGCCAUCGAAGAGCAAGCGCAAAGAAGCUCGAGCCAAAGAGAGAAAGGCCGCCAAGCAAUCUGUCUGGGACUAUCCAGAGCUUGCACCAAGGCCUCGAAAGAAGCGACGUCGUAGCCCCAGUCCGAUUGCACUGCCCCUCCCCUCAUCUCCAGCCCCUGGCUCACCUGGAGAAGAGUCGCUCUGGGCUCCCGAAGGUUCUGUUCGUCCCUCAAAGCGUUCACGCCGAGAGCAAGAGCAGCCUCAAGCCAGACCCGCAGUGACUAGAAGCAAACGAUUGCAGUUGCCAUCUUCGGGCGCAGGAACGAGCAGAAAGGAAGUGAGACGGUGCUGGAACUGCAGCCUUACUUCCACUCCCGGCUGGCAGAAGGGCCCUCAUGGACAGGAUCUUUGCGAAUCAUGUGCGAGAUAUUAUCUGCACAAUCGGCGCAUGAAGCCUUUUGAUUCGCCGACGCCGUCUGCCGAUGAGCAAGAUGAAGAAACUCGGGAGUAUCGAGACGUAAGAAACACCCAGGAGCACUCUCGAUCGCGACGACGGCAGGCUACUCCUCCAGUCGAGGUUGUACCUGUGCCAAACACUACGCGAGUGCAGACCGAUGGCAAUGCAGAUGAGCAUGAUAAUGUCAGAGGUACGCAAAUACUGGAGCCGGCGGGAUCUUACUUCUAUCGGCCGAUCCCAACGAAUGUUCCCGACCCUGAUCCAAAUGUGCAACAUCAUUCUGGUCCCAGCACAGCCCAGAGCCGGAUGGCAACGGACGAUGCACACCGACAACAACACCAGCCUGAAAAUACCUCAUCUCGGUAUCCACAGCGGAUCUCUAAUAGCCCUAUUGCAAGUGAGACAUCGGACCGUGAUAGUGGCCAAGAUGAAUCUGAGGAGGAGCCACCAAACGAUGAUUCACGGUCUCGCCAAAGUGAUCGCCACCUGCGCAAUUCGAGGGCCACUCUGCACGAGCAAUAUGAAGGAACCCAGGAUCAUGAGUGGGCCCGGGAUCAUGUGAUUGAUGUUGCUCGCGAGGAGACUGCACAAUUUAGAGCCGUACCGCAACACCAAGCCCAGUCCGCUGACCGCGCAGUAACCUUGGCAGCUGAAGGCUCACAGACUGGCGUUCAGUCUGAAGGCGGAUAUCUGGCCAAUACUUCGAGGACACUCAUUACCUCCCCAAGUCGAAAGAAGGGCUACUUCUCGAUAGAGGAAGAUAUACUCAUCAUCCGCUUGAAGGAGCAGGAGAAGCUAACCUGGGACGAGAUAACUCCUUAUUUCCCCCAUCGAAGUCCAUACGCCGUAUCGGGGAGGUACACCAGAGAACUGAAGUUUGGCCGCAAUCCCGCCCGUGACUGGUUGGAAGCUCAGGCCGAAGCCAACCCCAACGAUGAAGGACCUGACCCUGUAUUGAGGGAAGACUUGGCGUGGAACGAAAAUCAAGAUGAGUUGCUUUUAGAGCUCCGCGAAGAUCAAGAGCUUGAGUGGCACGAGAUUGCGAGCCUGUUGCCCGGUCAUUCACCCGAAGCUGUCGAAGAGCGCUACGAAUUGCUUGCCCAACGAGGAAUGGAACAACACCAGCAGAAGUACAAUCUGCCCACGCUUAAGUCUGAAGAUUACGCAGACGCUGAAGAGAAGGUCGCGAAUUGGAUGCUCUAUUUUUCACCAGAAGAAGACGCAUUAAUCGUCCGUUUGAGGGAAGUUGAAGGCCUUCAGUGGUCUGAAAUAGGGAAGCAGCUUCGCAGCCGUCCGUUGGCUUCAAUCCAGAGGCGAUAUUCCCGAAGCCUUGCACCACAGGUACGCAAGGUCACUCCAACGAGCAAGCACGAUGUUGUCAAAGGCUCCAUGGAAGACCGUCUGCUCGCUGUCGAUCCGCGAUUAUCGGGAAUAGCUGGCGCUGCCCUGUACAGCCCUGAAGAGGAUCGUCUCAUCAAGACAAUGAAGGACGAUUAUUGGCUUUCCUGGGAGGUUAUUGCUCAGAGACUGCCUGGACGAACGGCAGAUGCUGCCAGGCAUCGAUACGAGUACAAAUAUGGAGCUGAAGCUGAAGCCGCGCGGCAAGAAGCAGAGAGACUUGCCACCAUUGCUGCUCGGCAAUCCAAAUAUUCGCAGCCUGCGCCUUAUCCAGGCAUGGGAGUCAUUGAGUUCAACGCUCCGCCUUCAGUGCCUCCACCGGCCGCCUCGACCGCUGUGCCGAUCCGAGCCUCUGGUCACAAAGUCAUCCGGCCGCGUUCAACUGCACCUCGCAUCCCGCCGUUGCAUCCUUCUCGGCAGCAGUCUUUCAAUAACAUGGCUGUGGUAUCUGAGUCGCUGGAUACGACAGCUGUUCUACCAAAGUCACCACAAAAGAAGUCUAAGGCUGGACCUGGCUCGCGGACUCCGUUUACUGAAGAUGAAGAUGAUGCAAUUCUGCAACUCAGGGAGAUGCGGGGCUUGUCCUGGGAAGACAUUGCAAUGCAACUUCCGGGUAGAAGCGUCAACUCGAUUUCUUCUCGAUACGCCGAUACCAUUAGGCCAGCACGAGCCGUGACGAGCAGAGUUGUUCUGGAUCCGACCACUACUGCGAACUCUUCACAACUUCCGGCUCGGCCAGUUCAACAAACCGCAGCAGCUUCUACACCAACACAGCCUAAUGCCCAGCAGCCUGCGUCCUCGCAACGACCUCAGCAUAUGUUCCCUGUUUCAGCGUCCUCGGGUCGCCAGGAACAAGGUAAGAACAAGAGUGGACCUCCUCGCAAGAGCCUUCCAUCCACGUUACCGUCUGCUUCGCGUUCCCAAAACCCACUGCUUCGCAAAGCUCUGGAUAACAGCUUACGCAGACGUUCUGAUAUGGGAUCGGCGGCGAUGUCUUUUGACCAGAAUGGAAAUCCGUCGAAGACGACUUCCUCUCGAGAUUCAGAGACACCGUCGCAGCAGCUGCUCCAAGAAAUGGCAUCUUCACUUCAGACGCCAUCCCCAACUGAUCGGACUAGGGCCACUGCAGCUCCACCGGCGGCUCAGGACGAGUCGUCUUCCGAGUCGUCCGAAGUUGGCGAUGACCAGAUGUACCAGAACCUUAUGCAUGCUGCGACAAAGUUUGCUAUCCAGCAAAAGAACCCGGCUCUGUUCAGCCGAGUGAAGGAGAUUUUUGAAAAGAACCCAGACGAUGACCGACUCCAUCAGCUUCUUGGGUUAGCCUCGACCAGCUCUGCGAGCACCUCGGACAUGUUGAGUGCGUUCGAACACAUUGUAGACCCCUCGCCAGCAGGCCGUGGCGAAAAGAGGUUGUUGCAGUCCAGGGCGACGCAGUCACAAUCGGGAGAAGCCGCCCCGGCAUCUCAGCAACCACCAGCGACGUCACAACGGUUGCCAGUCCGCACACCUACACGCCCACCAGCGUCGCAGCUGAACGGCUCGGACUUCACUUCCGCGGCAACCUCAGUCGCGGGGCGCCAUAAGACUACUACUGCGGCCCGGUUGGAGGAGGCAAACGCAGUGCAACACGGCGAGCAGCGACAAGACACUAGAUCUCAGCAGCCAAACAGUACAAGGCGACCACGGAGAGCGGCCUUUAACGAUGCUUCAAGACGGAACGCCGAGCUUUUCGCACUCCCAGUUGAAAACAAUGGUGAGACUAGUGCCACUCGAGUGGAAACAAGCAACGCUCCAUCCAGCAGCAGGAGCAGGGCAAUCGACACCGACAUGUUCACCGAUCAGGAACCAUCUGCCAGUCCCAAAAACGACCAGGGGGCUCUCGUUUUUGUGCCAGAGGGCAAGAAAGUGCGAGGUCGGCCUCGCAGAUCAGACCUCGAUUGGUCGCCACAUGAAUCGAUCCUAAAAGUGUUCAAGACAGACCAUCGCGAUUUCAUGCCACUGAAGGAUAUUUACGCCGCGGUCGAAGCGGACCACGUUCCUGACGGUAAUUGGAAGCUGGCCGUUCGCACGGCACUCAAUAAGAAACCGUCCUUCGAGCGAGUCGUUGACGAAGGUCGUUCAGGUUGGCGGCUGGUGCACGAAGGAGAAGUAACUCAAGACGGGAAUCGAGGCGGACCUUCUGUUUCGUUCAGUCAAGAGUCAGCUCCGGCAAGCAGACCUUCUCGGCGGAAUGUCAGGUUCAAUUCUAACGGGGACGAUCCAUACGUGCCUGAAGACAAUGAGUCCUCAUUCGUCACGGACGCAGACGAAACCAUUGUCGUCAACGUGGCGCCCAAGCAGCGAAGGAUUAUGUCGAACAUCAACGCCAGAGACGCCAAUGAUACUUCCGCCGACGAUGGGACGAUUGACGAACUUUCAUCCCCUGCAAAGUCAUCUGGUCAACUCAGUUCUCCUGGACAACAGACGUCAAGACGAGAGACACCCAUGAAGAGCAUAUUAAAGAAUGGCGGUACUUCAAGAAAGGAGACACCUCGUGUUAUCGAAAUUGCUAACAGCGACGAUGAGGACGAGCUGUCUCCGAGCGCCUCUCUUCACGAGGUCGAUGAGCUCGACUUGCUAACAUCCCCACCAUCGCGGCGAGGAUCGUUGAACGUCCUGCCUACCUCGGACAUCAAUCGUGAUCCACUCAGUUCGGAUGCUGCCGAGCCGGUUGUCAAGUCGUCCAGUUCCAAGAGGACUCGAGAUCCCAAGGCAGCGGCAGUGCCAUCGAGUUCGCCCUUGUUCAUGAAGCCGCGCACACCCGCCAGCGCACUCCCCAAGAAGCUCGUCACGCCCCGGCCAUCUACGAGUCGCUUGUCGCAGCUCAUGAAGGAGACUCCAGUCAGGGCUCAGUCACCGAUCUUCAUGAGCCGCUCAGCUUCCGUGGCUAGUGCGAGGCGCUCGAGCUUAGGCAAGAGGGUUGUUGAGACGCCUGUGAGGGAGGUCGAUUCGGAUGAGGAUGAGUUGGCUUGA